GCACUGAGUCGUUUAAGAAGAGGAGUGCUGCACUUUACCUCAGAGGCAUUCACUGGAGAUAACUUCUCAUUUACAGGGGGGCCCAUCAAAUCUGCACCAUGGGAAGGCAGAAGUUCCUUCUGGACAAAUUGUCACGGUCCUUCUUCAUCCGCAACCUGCUGGUACGGCAGGCGCUUGCUGAGUGCCUGGGGACCCUUAUCCUGGUGAUGUUUGGCUGCGGAGCAGUAGCCCAGGUGGUGCUGAGCGGCGGAUCCCACGGCAUGUUUCUAACUGUCAAUUUUGCCUUUGGCUUUGGUGCCACCUUGGGAAUCCUGGUUUGUGGGCAGGUAUCAGGAGGUCACCUGAACCCCGCAGUCACCUUUAGUUUAUGUCUACUUGGGAGGGAAAAAUGGAGGAAGUUUCCCGUAUAUUUUGCCUUUCAGACUCUUGGUGCCUUCUUAGGAGCUGCCAUCAUUUUUGGCCUCUACUUUGAUGCCAUCUGGAAUUUGAACAAAGCGGAGCUCGUUGUCGUGGGAGAAAAUGCCACAGCUGGGAUCUUUGCCACAUACCCCUCAAAUCACCUUACGGUCGUUAAUGGGCUGUUUGACCAGCUGAUUGGCACAGCCGCCCUGGUUGUGUGUGUGCUGGCUAUUGUGGACCCAUAUAACAACCCCAUCCCUCGAGGACUGGAGGCUUUCACAGUGGGGUUCGUGGUGUUGGUCAUCGGCCUUUCCAUGGGCUUCAACUCUGGAUAUGCUGUCAACCCUGCCAGAGAUCUUGGCCCUCGUAUCUUCACUUCUAUCGCAGGCUGGGGAUCUGAAGUCUACUCGGCUGGCAAAUUCUGGUUCCUUGUCCCAGUUUUUGUUCCCUUCCUGGGGGCAUUUUUUGGGACUGUGGUGUACCAGUUCAUGGUUGGAUUCCAUGUGGAGCAGGAAUCGAAGCGGAAGGAGGAGGAUGAGAACCUCAAACUGACCAACAUGGCCUCCAAUGCCUAACUUUCACCACUAAUUAUCUGCCCAUUACACUCUCAUUUCCCUGUGACACUCGUUUUCUAUCAUAAGAAGUUGUUCUCUCAAUGACAGUGUCCGUUGCAGGGCAUCCCUGUCCACCCUGCUGCAUAAUUAAGAAAAUCGGAGGGUGGCACCUAAGUUAAAGCUGAGUGACUGUCAAAUCCUCAGGUUCCUUUAAUACAAAAUUUGUUGCUCCCUUCAGCAUCUCUGCAGUUCUCUGCCUUAUUGUUCCUUUCAUUCUGGGUCCCAGUCAUUUAUUUUUGUCAUUUGGAUAUUUCCUCCAUAAAUGGGAAACAGGUCUAUUCUGCAUCAGCACAGAAUUAUAUUAAUUCUCCACCAAAAAACAAACAAAAAAUUUUUUUUACAGCUUGCUUAGAGAAAUUGUAUGGAUAGUAUUGUAAUAUUAUAUAUUUUAACCAAUGUAGAGUUUUUUACAUAUUUACAAAUAUUUAUGUUAGCUUAAUGUGUUUCUUAACAAAGCUGACUGUAGGCAGACAAAAGCAAAUUCUCAGAUGAUCACAAUUUUUAAUAUCAUUUCUUUCUUAUGUAAUUUUGCUUAAGAUGUGCAAAAUCUUCCACUUUUUAUUAUUUGUGCGCUAUUUUUGUCAAACAUUUCUUUUGUAUUUUGUGUAAUUUUUUGUGUAACAAUAAAGCAUUUUUGUCUCAGAA